GGGCCGACCAACUGUAGUCAAGUGUGUGUUUGUGUGUCGGUGUGUGUUCGUCUCAACGUAGCACGAAACGUGUCUCAUCUCAGCAAAGACACACACACUAACGUGAGACGUGCUGGAUAACGGUUUUUUUGCUAUUGAAAGUUUUGUUUUUGUCGCCUUAAGAUUGCUUCGAUGCUAUACUAUGUAUAUUAAAACAUUCCGCUUGUAAAACGCAAUAUUUAUUAGCCAAGAGCAGCCGACUUCGUUUCCACUGAAGAGUGUCCGCUUCUCCUCCCCUCGAUGAAGCGCUGCGAUGCCCUCUGAUUUUAUAUCCCUCCUUAGCUCGGAUAUCGACCUCAAUUCCCCCAAAUCUCUAUACUCUAAAGAGUCGGUAUAUGACCUCCUCCCCAAAGAGCUCCAGCUCCAGCCGUCGUCCGCCCAGACAGACCCACCCACCAUGAGCCAGAAGAGUGGGGGAGAGGCGGGACCUCCCCCCUCAGCCGCCGUGGCCUCAGAUGCCACCUCUUCCACCUCCAGCCCCUCUGCCUCUUCCUCCCUGGCCAUGGGAGUUCCAUCCUCUGGCCCCUCUACCUCAUCCUCAGACCACCUCAAGGUUGCCCAGCAUCUCCACUCCACUGGAGGGGAUGGAGCUGGAGCUUCAGAGAUGCAAGGUAUGGAGGGUGCUGUAUCUGCCCCCAGCAGAGGCAACAGUGGAGCAAACACCGCAGCAGGGGACAUAGGGUCAGGAGUGUUGUCAGGGCUAGGAGUCCAGCAGCCUCAGAACACCCCCUCUAAGCGAAGGCCUGUGUUGAGCAUAUCUCCACCACCUGAGGACCUGUUUGACGACAGCCAGAUGUCUUGCCAAGAGGAGCCUGCGGUAUCUGGUGCACCAGGGCCAGACUCGGAGCAUAGCAGCAGCAUGUGGGCUGAUGAUUCUGUCUCCAACUUCAGCUUGAUCAGUUCCAUCUCCUACAACGACAACACAGAGGUGCCGCGCAAGUCGAGAAAACGCACCCCUCGACAGCGGCCUGGUCCCAAACCUGCUCCUCCGGAGGACAGCAUGGAUGUGUUUGAUGCUGACAGCGCCAAGGCCCCUCACUUUGUCCUAUCCCAGCUGGGCACAGACAAGACCGGUCCCAUUUCCAGCUCUCUUGAGUCAGGGACUGCAGUUAAAGGGGGAUCACUGUCUGCUCAGUUUCCCCAGAGGAGUGAUGGGAAGGAGCUAAAGAUCCUUGUGCAGCCAGAGACCCAGCACAGAGCUCGAUAUCUGACCGAGGGUAGCAGAGGUUCUGUCAAAGAUCGCACGCAGCAGGGAUUCCCCACUGUCAAGUUGGAGGGUGUUAGUGAACCUGUUGUGCUGCAGGUGUUUGUAGCAAACGAUGCAGGCAGAGUGAAGCCUCACGGUUUCUACCAGGCCUGCAGAGUGACGGGACGCAACACCACCGCCUGCAAGGAGGUGGAAAUAGAGGGCACCAUUGUUAUUGAGAUUCCUCUGGAGCCCAGCAAUGACAUGACACUUUCGGUGGACUGUGUAGGUAUUUUGAAGCUGCGUAAUGCUGAUGUGGAGGCCCGUAUUGGAGUGGCAGGAUCCAAGAAGAAGAGCACACGUGCCAGAUUGGCCUUCAGAGUUAAUAUCCCUCAGCCUGAUGGAUCAGUUCUUACUUUACAGGUCCCCUCAUCGCCCAUCCUCUGCACCCAGCCAGCAGGAGUGCCAGAGAUCCUGAAAAAGAGUCUUCACAGCUGCUCUGUUAGAGGAGGAGAGGAGGUUUUUAUAAUUGGAAAGAACUUCCUCAAAGGAACCAAAGUUGUUUUCCAAGAGAACAUUGCAGACGAUAAUUCCUGGCAAGCUGAGGCAGAGAUCGACAUGGACCUUUUUCAUCAGAAUCAUUUGAUUGUGGAAGUCCCUCCGUUCCACAACCAGUCAAUCACGUCUCCUGUUUCUGUGGGAAUCUUUGUGAUGACCAAUGCUGGUAGAUCACAUGAGGCUCAGCCUUUCACCUACACUCCAGAGUCAGCCACAGCUGAUAACUCAAACGUCCGGACAGUAAAAACAGAGAGUCCUUCACUGGUCACAACCUGUAUAUUUGACGGCCAGAUCAAAUCUAUGUCGUCUGAGCGAACUGACUGCACUGGCCAACCUUCAAAACGGGAGGACACGCCAAUGGAGGUGUCUAGCAAUCCACCACCUACAGAUAUCUUCAAACCACCCCCUGACCCUCUCAUCUCAGUGCAGCAGACCCUGGAGCUCAGCUCUAGUCCUCAUCAAGGUGGAGAGUCCUUUCAGAGCCCGAUGCCCCUGCAACCUGAAGAUGUGGAGCUUCCCCAGGCACCUCCUGUCUUCCCUAGCUUGGAGUCUCUCAGCACCAUACAAAAGCAAGACAUUGCCCCCCCGACCUCCUUCCCAGUAUCAGGAGACACCACAAUCCCUCCUGUGACACCAGAAGUCCCACAGCAGUUCCUCAGAGACCCUCAGGAAAGCUUGCCAACUGAAAGUUCGAAUAAUGGCGGCGGGGUUGUGGUUGUAGCCAUGCCACAGAUAGCUGCUCCCUCUCAAACACAGCCACAACAGUCACAGGUUCCCCUCUUUCCCCAGGAAGGGGUGGCCCAGCUAGAGAGGGCAGUAAGGGAGCUCCAGGCUGGAGGUAACACCACACUCCAGCAGGUGUUGGAGGCAGCUGUGGCCCAGCAGCAGCUGAACUCUGUGUUGUAUAGCCCCACACCCUCUGCAGAGUCCCUUCAGCAGCAUGUCCAGGAGAACAUGAACAGCCUCAGACUGGGAACGACAGAGAAUUCUCUAUCAGCACAGCAGCAGCUACAGAUACAACAACAACAACAGCAAAUACAACAACAGCAGCAACAACAACAAAUACAGCAGCAGUUUCAACAACAUCAGCAACUGCAGCAACAACAGCAAAUCCUUGGAAACCUUCAGCAUCAACAGCAGCAGCAGGUCCUCAACAACAUGCAGAUCCAACAACAACUUAUAUUACAGCCACAAGACCAACAGCAAAUCAUGGAGAAUAUUCAACAGCAGCAACAACAGCUUAAUAAUAUUCAGCUUCAGGAUCAGCAACAGCAAAAUCAAAUUCUUACCAAUUUACAGCAACAUCAACUACAGCAGCAGCAACAACAGCAGCAGCAAAAUCAAGCACUAAGCAACCUGCAGCAGCAGCAACAACUGCAAGAGCAGCAGGUCUUGGAGAAUUUACAGCAGCAUCUUCAGGCUGAGUUGCUCCAGCCUCAGAUCCACUCCUCCCCACAAGUACAGCAGCCAGUCUCCCUCCUUCAACAGGCUGGAGAACUUCUUACCAUCCAGACCAGCUUCCCAACACAACCUCCGUCUCACACUUCUCCCCCACAGCAACUCUUCCAGUCGCCCAGGCCGCUGGCUGACACCCAGGGCUCCCAGCAGCAGGUCCAGGCUGCCCUGCUCCAAAACACACUGACUGUUCUCACUGGUUGCAGUCUCAGCUCAGAGCAACAGUCCACAGGGUCAACUUUAUACCUGUCCCCAAAUCCUCAGCCCCAGCAACAGCAGCAACAGCAGCUGGCAUUCAUUUCCUCCAUGGAAACGUCUACCAGUCAGCCUCAGUCUGUCUCAAUGUUUCAGAAUCAACCCCAAGCUCAGCUUUCCCAAAUGCAGCAACAGAGCACUCCCAUGGAGCAGCAGCAGUCUCCACAGCAGAACCAACAGCAGCCACCACAGCUUCCGAUGGGACAGCAAGGCUCCUUAUUCCAAAGUAUCCCAAACCACUCACAGCCCAACCCUGUUCCCCAGAGCCAACUCUCACAGCCCCAACAAGCAAGCCUGCUUCUCUGUACCACUGAUCUUAACCCCCAAGCUAUUCCCCCGACUAUUCUCUUCAGCACACAGUCCCAGGGCCCUUCCCCAAUGGGGAGCAUAAGUGUUGGAAUCCCUCAGCAAGACUCAGCCGAGCCCAUGUCCUUCCAAGACCAGAGCUCUUCAGGCAGCAACACAGCAUCCACUGAGAACCAACAGCAGAGCCUUUUCCAGGAGCAGCAGCCAAUGCAAGUGGGCCCGAGCCCGAGCCGCGUCCCAAACAGUCAACCUGUGGAGCUGUUUUUACCACAGCCAUCUCUGUCCAGCCUGCAGACCACUAUUGGCUCCCAGGAGCUCAACAACCAGGCUCCAGCCCCUGGCACAACCAUCUUUGUGGUGCAGGGCGGUGUGGGUGUGGUAGGCAACCCUGGCCAGCAGCCUCCAGAGCAGCUUUUCCAGACAACCGUGGGUGGCAGUGUGGCUCCACAGGGACAGGCCAACCUGUUUGUUUUUGGCAUCCAGAAUGACUCAUCCCAGCUGCUCAGUUCUUCCGGAGCCACCCUGCCACCCCAGAGCCAGGCCCAGAACUCCAGUCACAUGCAGCCUCUGUUGGAUCAGCCCAUGGCCCAAGCCGCCUCCUCGAUGCCAGCAGCCAUGCACAGCAAUUUGCAGAACACCCUCCAGGCACAAAUGCAGUCCAGCUUAGAGAACGCCAUGCAGACAAACACACAAACAGCUCUGCAGUCCAGCUUACAGGCAACCAUAGAAUCAAGCCUGGCGACUCCGAUGCAGACCAGUCUACAGACACAGAUACAGAGCAGCUUACAGAAUCAGUUGCAGGCAUCUAUGUCUGCAUCGUCCAACAUGGAUAAAAUUGAGGACCUACUGGAAACCCUGCAGAAGCAGUGAUACAUGCUUGGACCACGUGGGCACUAAGGAGAGUGAGUGAUAUGUAGCUGAGAGUUGUCUAUCCUAAAAUAAACAAACAGAAUGGCGGUGCAAGUUUUGUGCUAGUGCCACAAAACGUAGACAAUUUUAAAUAUUUAAGAAUUUAAAUGCCCCUUUUACUGAAAACCCAAAUUAAGACCUCGUGUAUCUUUGUUUUUAUGAAAUAUUAAUCAUGAAUUAUAGCCUCCGUCCCUCUGUUGUUCUUGAAUUGAUGAAUCCGCCUUCGUUAUUACCCCUCUUGCAGGAUCAGAGAGGCCUGUAAUAACUGCUUUAUCCAUCAGUCUCAAAAAUGCAGUGUUUUGUUGUCAGAGUGUUUUCAUAAUGUGAGCCUAAGAGAUGGUGGUGAUGAUUUCAAAACCUGCCAGGUUUGGUGGCAAAACUGGAAAGGGAUAAAGAAUGUCAGCAGCAGGGAAACAGGAAUAGUAACGUGGUGGUGAGUAGUCUGUAAGAGCAGGCAGCCCGUUAUGGAGUGAAUAUCAGAUUGCACAUAAGUGUCAGAUAAAGGCUGAAUCUCAUUUUGUGAGUGUGUAAACUCUGAGCCUUCCCUUCACUCUGAGAAGCGGAGGCUGCGAGUUGUAUUUUUUUUUUCUUUUCGUCAAGUGAAGCGGCAGUUAAAACGGCAUAAAAACAGAUCACGUUACAACCACUUGAUUUAAACUUCUUUUGACGUGAACAGCACAAGCAUUUUUGCGAUUAAUCAAACCUUGUGUUUGCAUGUCAACAACUUGAGUAAGAUCUACUCUAAGAGUACAGAUUAUUAGAUGGCAGAAUUCUUUCUAGAAUAGUGUAUUAAUGUUUUGUAGUACAGUAUUUGCUGGCGUGGCUGGAGUGGGAGGACAGUUAAAUAUUGCUAUCAGCUCCACUUUGAAUGAAAUUAACUUGCUCAUCGAGACAUUCUGUUUCUCCUGUUAUCAUUUAGAAAGAGGAGGGGAUAAGACACACUUGCAAAUGAGAUUCAACCUGGUGAAUAAUGUGACUUGGCCUUUGUUUUUGGCACCUCCCAGUGUUUUCAUGUCUUCACUGGGUUUGCAGGAGCUUUUUUGGUGAAAUUAUAAAUUGCAUUCGACUAUGUAGUGUGUGUAUUUUAAUUUUUUUGCAUUGAAGAACUAGGUAACCAUUCAUUGUGGAUCGAAAGAAGCUUUCCACUAGUGAAAACGGAGUGUUGUGUGGUUUUAUAAACAUUUUAUCUCAAGCACUUUAUAACCUCUUUUGUGUAACCUGCUAAUCCUUAUAUCCGUCCACAGCUCUCUACUGACCUAGCUGAAUUUGUACUCAGAAACGUCCAGUUAAAAAAAAACAAGAGAAACAAAAGAAAAAAAACAGCAGUCGUCUUUGUACGAGUAAAUACAUCUUAACCGAGCAUUUUUACAUUUUCUCAUGUCAGAAUAUUUUUGAGGUGUAGACAACUUUGUAUAGAAUGUCAGCUCACUGUUGAAUCCCUCUUUGUAUUCAGUCUCUGUGGUCCAGUCGAGUCUGUCCAAAAACAGCCAUUCUCACUAAAGCGUUGUCAUUUUUCUGUAUCUUACUGGUUAGUCGGCCUUUUGACAAAACACCUGAAAUACUGAUUCAUUCAGUCUGUGUCAUGAAAUGAAGGAUUUUCAUCGGUUUUCUCUUCGUACCAACUCAUGUUCAGUCUGUCACUUGGGACUGUUCUGCGUUGUCUCGUGUUAGUCGUUAAGUUUAUUGUUGGUAGCGUGUGCAGGUUGGCGCCGCGUGAAGUUGGCAUCCGGUUACCUGUCCCUUGUGUUGUGAACAAGGGCUGGCUGGUUAAAUCUGUUACAUAGAGGCCGCCAUUUCGAUUUUGUCUACGGUGCUAUGUACAGGGGUGACGGGCACUUCUGCUGUGAUGUUAGUACAGUUUCUUCUAUCAAUAGCACUGGUGUUAGGUGUUGGUUGUGAAGCAAAGCGGAGUCUGCAGAGCUGGCUGCUGUUGCGGGGUCCGACUGGAGUGCACCCAGGCAUACCAAAGUUCCUGUUGUGAAUCGUUGCCAUUUUGUCUCAUCGUUGUCCUUGCAAACGCCCUCAUAAUGUUUACUCAUUUGUACUUGGUCGUUUAAAUUAUGCAGCUCUCACAUGGAUAGCAAUUCAGCGUGUUUUACAAGAUUUAUAAAAGAUAUGUAAAAGGUACUUUGUUUCAUGGAUCAGCUUAUCCGUCACUGACAUUUCCACCGAUUUGAUACUUUCUAUUUGUCAUUACUCUAUUUUUUGAUGCAGAAUGACACUGCUGUACUUUCCAUAUCCAACAGUAGCCAAUUUGUCAUGAUCAGAAAGCCAAUUUUUGGAGAAUAAUUCAACGUGUUAGACUAGCAUCGCUCGCGUUUGUUUACAUUUUCAUAGGCAUACUCUUUUUGUCCUGCAGCUGUUAGUGAUCCAUUUUAAAGUAACUUAUCUUUUCUAGAAUUUUGUAUCCAUGUAUCAAAAUGUAGAGUAUUUUUGUAAAAAAACAAACAACUUUUUGGUUUAUGCUCAUAUAGCACAGAAUAUCAUUGCUGGUGUGUUUUCCUGAAAUGAAGCGCAGGUUUAUUGUGAAGUGUGUGACUGAAAUUAGAAAUUAAGCGGACAUCACGCGAAUAUGUUAGAACUUCAUUCUACUGUUAUGAUACUGAAUUUACCCAAACUGUAGAACAUAAUACGUGGGCUAGGUUUCUUGUGUAUGUGUUUUUUUUACUUGUUUUUUAUGUCAUGCAUCUCAAAUGGCACUUUGACUCAUCCAUUAACUGUAGAUCAGGUUAGAGUGCAGUAGUGGCGUUUCCAAGCAUUCCAUUCCUCUUGGUUAGGGGAGUUUAAGAGCACAUUGGUGUUGUGGAAGAAGUGCGGAACAGUUAUGCCUCCUAAAGCCAUACCAACACAGAAAGCCAACCUGUGACUUCAGUUUCAUGAAUGUAAAUUUUACCUCAUGGUGUGGACACGGAGCUUGCUCUACAUCUAACAUCGGACCAAUUACAGUUUUAGACAACUUCUAUUUUGAGGCAGAGGGGAUGGGUGGGGUGGCACCAGCUGUCAUUUGUGUCGCCGCGCGUUUGUCCAAAUUGUUUUGUCUCGGAUUGUGGUGUAAUUUCACGUUUUCGCGUCCAGCCCUGUCAUUUGGAGCAAUCCAGGAGGCUCAGUCUGACUCUUGGAACCGGCACGCCCACCUGAAAAACCCAUGUUAAACAUUGAUGUGAUGGUGGUGAAGAGAGCACACAAAUCUUUGCAUAAUAUCUUUUUUUUUUUUCCUUUUUUUUUGUCCUUCAGUCAUGUAAAUUAAUAUCCAUGUAUAUUUAAAUGUGAAAUAUACUGCAGGGGUAUCUUGAAUUUCAAUUGUGAUGCUUUCAACAGAACUUUGUGUGCCUUGAUAACUUAACCGUUGCUCUGCUGUGUUUACUGGUGUCCCUUUUGUGCUCCUUGUCCUUUUCUUUCUCUAGGACUGUUUUAACAUGAGGACACUUUUCAGUCAUUUGAUUUCUCAACACAAGCAUAACCAUAGCCCAUACUAAUAUAUUUUAGUGUUAACAGUUUCUCAAUCCAUUGCAAGAUAUCGGAGUGAUUACUCUCAACGUAAUAUUGUGCAGCUUCACCAGUGAAUUGUCACCUUGUUUGUUGUUUUCUAUUGAAAAUGUUUUUGUUUUCAUGCCUCAUGAGAUUUGUACAUGUGAGGUAAAAGGGACACGACAGUGGAGAUUGUUUUAUGGAGAACUUUCUUGUGUUGAUGUGCUUGUCAACAUUACUAUUGUUGCUGUGAAGUGCUUGAUCAAAAGGGGCAGCCAUGAUAAAUUAACUGUUAAUUGCCAAUAGUGUGAGCUGUAUCUUGUGUGUAAUCAGUUUGCUCACUUUUCCUAGUUCGCUUUCUAUUUCACAUUCUCCAACAGUUCUGUUGUAUCCGUUCUGUGUAGCUUGAGCUUUAGUAGCCUUAAGACCCUGCAGUAGGGAUAAAGGUCAACCCCAGCGUGUUAUCAUACAUAUGAACUAUUAUUAACAUGUACUUUGCCUUUGUCUGGACAUUUGUAUACUCUUCUGUUUAUAUCUGUAAUCCUGCUGCUACAUUAAAUGAAUUAAUAAAAAUGUAAAUGUC